AUACCGUAACAGACCCGUGCAGGAAAAAAAAAUUGACCCCGCCUUCUUGACCUCUCCGCUAGGCAAUUACCCCACAAUUUAUUCCGCUCCCGAAUUAAAGUACCCUGCUGUACUCGAGCACAGUACAUCCAGCUCUCGAUCCCCCGCCACCACAUCCAAUCAGCCGACCUAACCAAACCAAAUCAUGUCCUCCGAACUCCUAACCCGUCCGCGUACGUCCCCCCCCCCCGCCCUACGCUUCCCCCAAACACUAACCUCCAAAAAAAAACCCUGCCCACAGUAACCUCUGCAACGCUCACCAUCCGCGUAAUCAAAAACUUCCCUUACCGCACAGCGAAAAACCUCGUUCUGCACAAUCUCGACUUAACAACCCUCACAUCCGGCGCCCUGAAAGAGCGUGUGCGCAGCGAGAUCCUAUCUUCCGCGAGCGGCGGCGGCGGUGGGUGGAAAGCUUAUAAGGGGAUUAUUGGGACUCUCGGUCCGUUAUAUCGCAAAACGGGCGCAGAUGGGAGGGGGUGGGGCUAAUGCGAAGAGAGGGAGAGAUAGAUACGUUAAAGCUCUAUACCAAGGCGCAUGGGACAAAGACUAACAACUUGAUCAUCAAUCUGGAGGAUGAAAGGGAUGAGUUGAUUUUUGGGGAUGAUGAGAAGACGCUGGAGGGGUACAAGUGUGGUGAGUGAGUUCGCUCUACUGUGCAAGUACUUACGCUUGUUUGUACGGCAGGAGGUUAGACUAGAGAGGUUUAGAUUGCUAACCGCGGGGGCCGUAGAGCAUGAAACGGAGCUUUCGUUCUUCAGGCUGGAGGAUUAUUUGGAGUUUAAGAGGAACCCCGAGGAGAAGUGGUAGUGUUCUAUCGCCUUAGAGAUGAAGGCGAUGCGAUGGGAUGAGUGAGGGUGGGAUCCGGCGAGCCCCGAGUGUCAGUAUCCAUCUGAAUUAACCCCCGAAGUUCACCCCAGGCCUAUAUAUUUCAGAGAUGUGAAUCAGCUUCAUGUUUUCCCCCGCAGUUGGUAACCCGCUCUAGCUACUAUUAAAUCUUGAGCCACCC